CUGUCAAUUUUCUGCAAAAACUUCAGCGUUGUGUGUUUGACACGUCAGAAGUGUUUUUUCUUGGGAAGAAAAUUUUGUGUUUUUAUCUCGAAAUAUCGUUUCUUUUACUGUAAAAAUUACCUUCGAGGAUAAAAAAUGUCGCUCGCCGAGGGUCCUUGCUAUACAAUAAUCAACUCACAGGACUCCGAUCCGUACAAUGAGAUGCAACUCAAGCAGGAUUUGGAGAAGGGUGACACCGCCGUGAAGAUUGAGACACUGAAAAAGGUGAUUCAGUUGCUGCUGAAUGGCGAGAGACUUCCGGGACUCCUGAUGACAAUCAUGCGCUUUGUGCUGCCACUGCAGAAUCACACGAUUAAGAAACUCCUGCUCAUCUACUGGGAAAUUGUGCCGAAAACCUCUCCGGAUGGGAAGUUGCUGCAGGAAAUGAUUCUCGUGUGCGAUGCCUACAGGAAGGAUCUGCAGCAUCCCAAUGAAUUCCUCAGAGGCUCUACGCUGCGUUUCUUGUGCAAACUCAAGGAACCCGAACUCCUGGAGCCCCUAAUGCCAGCUAUCCGGGCAUGCCUUGAGCAUCGUCACUCCUAUGUGCGUCGCAAUGCCGUCCUGGCCAUUUUCACAAUCUACAAGAACUUCGAAUGGCUCGUUCCAGACGGCCCGGAGCUCAUUGCAAACUUCCUGGACACGCAGCAGGAUAUGUCGUGCAAGAGAAAUGCCUUCCUGAUGCUCUUGCACGCUGAUCAGGAGAGGGCAUUAAACUAUCUGGCUUCCUGUCUCGAUCAAGUGAACAAUUUCGGGGAUAUCCUGCAGCUGGUGAUUGUCGAGCUCAUCUACAAAGUUUGCCAUGCGAAUCCCACAGAACGCUCUCGUUUCAUCCGAUGCAUCUACAACCUCCUCAAUUCCUCCUCCAAUGCUGUACGCUAUGAGGCUGCUGGUACGCUGAUCACUUUGUCCACAGCCCCCACGGCCAUUAAAGCCGCCGCAAGUUGCUACAUUGAGCUCAUCAUCAAGGAGAGCGACAACAACGUCAAACUCAUUGUCCUGGAUCGUUUGAUUGCAAUGAAAGAAAAUGAAAAUAUGGAGCGUGUCAUGCAGGACCUCGUCAUGGACAUCCUGCGCGUUCUGGCUGCUCCUGACAUUGAAGUUCGUCGGAAGACACUCAAUCUCGCCAUGGAUCUCGUCUCAUCGCGCAACAUUGAAGAGCUGGUGCUGGUGCUGAAGAAAGAAGUCGCCAAGACCCACAAUAUUGAGCACGAAGACACCGGAAAGUACCGACAGCUGCUGGUCAGGACUCUCCACACCUGCUGCAUCAAGUUCCCAGAUGUAGCAGCCACGGUGAUUCCCGUACUAGUGGAAUUCCUUUCGGACACAAACGAACUCGCCGCAACCGAUGUCCUCAUCUUCAUUCGUGAGGCAAUCCAGAAGUUUGACCAUUUGCGCCCGUUGAUCAUUGAGAAGCUCAUCGAGUCCUUCCCGGCAAUGAAGUCUGUGAAGGUGCAUCGUGCUGCCCUGUGGAUUCUUGGGGAGUACACUGCGUCGCCCAAGGAUAUCCUGCAGGUGUUUGAUGUUGUGAGUGAGACACUGGGUGAGGUGCCGAUUGUGGAGGCAGAGCAGAAGAAGCUCCUUGGGGAGCAAACGGAGGAGGAGCAGAAAAAGAAUGUGACAGGAAGUGUUCCGUCAAAUAAGGUAACCUCCGAUGGCACUUAUGCCACACAGAGUGCUUUCAGUGUUGCUCCGACACCACUGAAGGAGCAACGUCCUCCACUGCGGCAAUACUUCAUGGAUGGGGACUUCUUUGUGGGUGCAACACUUGCAGCCACACUCACGAAGCUCGUACUGCGCUACAUUGAUUUGGAACCGAAUGAGCAGAAGCACAAUCGUCUCUGCACAUCAGCUAUGCUGACAAUGAGCUCGAUCCUUCAUCUGGGCAAGUCGGGAUUCCCCACGAAACCCAUCACGAAUGAUGACAUUGAUCGCAUCUUCCUGUGCCUCAAGACACUGAGUGAACGCACACCGGGUAUUGUGGAGAUCUUCAAGGAUACCUGCCGUGAGGCCCUUGCAACGAUGCUGUCGGCACAGAAUGAGGAGGAGACACAGGCGUUGAGGGAGAAACAGAAGGCAGCCGCGAAGGUCCAAGCCGAUGAUCCAAUUGUCUUUGCUCAGCUAACGAGUGGACGGAAUGAUCAAUUGGGGGAGAAUGUCUUCGAGUCGAGUCUCAAUCAAGCAUUGGCGGGUACAAAGGGUACCGCCCUGUCGGAUGUGGCAUCACCAACGAGCAAACUCAACAAGGUGACCCAACUUACGGGCUUCUCCGAUCCUGUCUACUCCGAAGCCUACGUCCAUGUGAAUCAGUACGACAUUGUGCUGGAUGUGCUGAUUGUCAAUCAAACCAGCGAUACUCUGCAAAAUUGCACACUGGAGCUUGCCACGUUGGGUGAUUUGAAGCUCGUUGAACGACCACAUCCCGUUGUACUGGCACCACAUGAUUUCUGCAACAUCAAAGCCAAUGUGAAGGUUUCCUCGACAGAGAAUGGCAUCAUCUUCGGCAAUAUUGUCUACGAUGCUGGCAAUAUGUCCAAUUGCGUGGUUCUCAAUACCAUUCACAUCGACAUAAUGGACUACAUCCUUCCAGCCACGUGCAAUGAUUCGGAAUUCCGUCGAAUGUGGCAGGAGUUUGAGUGGGAGAACAAAGUGGCGGUUAAUACAACGCUCACGGACUUACAUGAAUAUCUCAAGCAUCUACUUCACUCCACAAAUAUGAAGUGUCUCACCCCGGAGAAGGCACUCUCUGGUCAAUGUGGAUUUAUGGCUGCAAAUAUGUAUGCCAGAUCUAUCUUCGGAGAGGACGCCCUGGCUAAUCUCAGCAUUGAGAAAUCUGUAGACAAUCCCAACGCUCCAGUCAUUGGACACAUAAGAAUUCGCGCAAAGAGCCAGGGAAUGGCCCUCAGUUUAGGAGAUAAAAUCAACUUGACGCAGAAAGGUCCGCAGAAUAAAAUAAUUUCAGCUAUGUAAUUGCAUUAAAACUGUAGAUCAGUCUCAUUCCGCGUUUGAUCCUUUAUUAUUGCUAAAAACAAAACAGUAUGUAUUAUUUAAUCAGCGACAUUUAUUGAAUAAAAAAGUGCAAAUAAAA